AUGUCCUCAGGCCCAACACCUGUUGCCUCUCGCGCGGCAUCGCCAACCGUUCGCGACUCCACUUCCAUUGUAGAAGAGUACACGGAGAAGAAGACAACCGCAGAGGAUACCAUCACUUACCCAGAAGGCCUCAAACUCGCCUUAAUAACAAUCGCCCUAUGUCUUUCCGUGUUUCUAGUCGCCCUUGACAACACGAUCAUAGCCACUGCCAUUCCUAAAAUCACGACGCAGUUUAACAGCCUAGACGAUAUUGGCUGGUAUGGCUCUGCGUACCUCCUCACAACGGCUGCAUUUCAGCUGCUCUUCGGUCGAUUUUACUCGUUCCUCUCGAUAAAAUGGGUCUAUAUCGUCGCAAUUUCUAUAUUCGAGCUGGGUUCCCUGAUAUGUGGGGUUGCUCCUAACUCGUCAACUCUGAUCGUCGGUCGUGCUAUCGCAGGCCUCGGUUCCGCCGGUAUAUUCUCUGGGGCCCUCAUAAUCGUCGCAAACACUGUCCCACUGGAAAGGCGGCCAAUGUACACUGGUCUGAUCGGCGCGAUGUACGGAAUUGCUAGUGUCGCGGGUCCAUUGAUGGGCGGUGUCUUCACUGAUAAAGUUACAUGGCGUUGGUGUUUCUACAUCAACCUUCCCAUAGGCGGGGUCACCCUCUUGGUCAUCACGUUCUUUUUUACCGCUCCAGGGGUUGCGCGCAAGACAGCCAACAACACUCCCUUCUGGUCGCGCGUCAUGAAGUUUGACCCAAUCGGGACGGUCCUCUUUAUCCCUGCCAUUGUUUCUCUUCUCCUCGCGCUUCAAUGGGGAGGCAGCAAAUACGAGUGGAAAAACGGGCGCAUUGUUGCCCUCUUCGUGCUCUUCGGAGUGCUGAUCACGGGCUUCAUCUUUGUUCAAAUAUGGCGACAAGAAGAUGCUACAGUACCUCCUCGCAUCCUGAAACAGCGGAGUCUGCUCUUUGGCAGUUGGUUCUCCCUCUCACUCGGAUCUUCUUUCUUCAUUCUGGUGUACUACCUACCUAUCUGGUUCCAAGCAAUCAAAGGCGUAUCGGCCGUCAAGUCUGGUAUCGAUAAUCUGCCCAUGAUUCUCUCGUUGGUCAUCGCCUCCCUGAUCGCUGGUGGAGUCAUCACUGCUGUUGGAUAUUACACGCCUUUCAUGAUCCUAUCCUCCGUGCUUAUGGGUGUUGGCGCGGGACUUAUCACUACAUUCACGGCAACGGGGACUGGCCAUUCACAUUGGAUUGGCUAUCAGAUCAUCUAUGGCUUGGGCGUUGGAUUUGGUAUGCAACAGCCUAUCAUGGCUGCGCAAACCGUGCUAUCGCUGGAGGACAUCCCCACCGGAACUUCGCUCCUCAUGUUCCUACAAACACUCGGGGGAGCAUUGUUCGUAUCUGUUGGCCAGAAUGUAUUCACCAACAAGCUCGUUGAAGGGUUGAGAGAAAUUCCUGGUGUCGACCCCACUAUCGUCCUCAGUGCGGGAGCAACAUCUUUGCGGCAGAGAGUCGCCAGCGAACUGGUGGGUGCUGUGGUGGAAGCCUACAACAAGUCUCUUGUCUCGGCUUUCUACGUCAGCGUCGCAAUGGCCAGUCUAAGUAUCAUUGGCGCCUUAGGCAUGGAGUGGAAGAGUGUGAAGGGCAAGAACAUUGAAAUGGCUAUGGGCUAG